GUAAGCAUCCCUCCCUUUUUAUUUGAAGCCAUUUUAUAUGCUCCUAUUGAUGAAACAAAUAGCACAGCAAAGAUUGGAAAUGGAAUCAUUUUCUUCACUUUGUAUAAAAAAGAAGAGGCCAUGUGGGAUUCCCUGACUAUAGAAAAUGAUAACAAGGAGAAACUGCAGUAUCUAAGAGAGAAAGCGGUUCUGAAAGCCCAUGAAAAGGCAAAAGAGGAGACAGAAGCAAAAAAAGUUACAAAACAGGAACACAAAAAAUAUGCUUUGGAGGCCACAAUGAAGCUAGAAGAAGCAGAAAGAAAAAGAAUUGAAGAUCUGAAGGAAAAGGAGAGACAGAAGGUCACAAAGGAGUUGGAGUUAUGGAAAAAACAGCAAGAAGAUGCUGAGAAACAAAAGAGGGUACAAAAGAGAGGGGAACUGCAUCAAGAAGUAGAGCAAUUAAAGGAGAGGAAAAAGGAAAAAAUGAACAAAACUGGGAUUCAUAAUGAAGGAACUUCUGAAACCAGACUCAAACCUACUAAAGGUCAUGGUUCCAAUAGUAUGUUUUCAGAGAACUUAAAGGAGGAGCAGUUACCAGCUCCUCGAACUGCUGCUACAAUUAAAGUCAACUUUACAUCACGAGUUUUUCCGACAGCUCUGCGGGAAUCUCGCGUUGCAGAAGAGGAGGAGUGGCUACGUAAACAAGCAGAAGCUCGAAGAACAAUAAGUGCUGAUUUGUCUGAGCUGGAAGAUUUAAAAGAAGAGGAGAAGAAUCCAGAUUGGUUAAAGGACAAAGGAAACAAAAUGUUUGCAAUGGGAAACUAUCUUGCAGCUGUAAAUGCCUAUAACCUCGCAGUGCGGAUAAACAAUAAGCUUCCCCUACUAUACCUGAAUCGUGCUGCCUGCCACCUUAAACUGAGAAAUCUACAUAAAGCUAUCGAAGAUUCCUCUAAGGCACUAGAGCUGUUGACACCACCUGUUCCUGAUAAUGAGAAUGCUCGAGUAAAAGCCUACGUGAGACGGGGAACAGCGUUUUGUCAGCUGGAAUUAUAUACUGAAGGUCUCCAGGAUUAUGAAGCAGCUCUCAAGAUUGAUCCUAAAAAUAGAACUAUAGAAAAAGAUGCUGAGAAGAUUCGACACCUGAUUCAAGGAACAACACCAGAAUCUUAA